UCAUUCUGCGCCAAGAUGGCUGAUGCGCGUGGCGAGUACUGGUACUUCGACCCCAACGUCGAUCCCAGCAAAAUCCUCGUACCCGAGCUGCGUAGCAUCCUGCUGAAGCACGGUGUAAGAUACCCAGCGUCUGCCAAAAAGCCUGCCUUGGUCAGCCUCUUUGUCGAACAGGUCCUUCCCCAAGCGUCCAAGCUACAACGGGACUAUGCGCGAACCAAGCGGUCUACGCGGGGCAUCGAGGAUGUACCCUCCAGCACUGCCAGCACGACCGAUUCACAGGAGAUGGCUACAGAAGACGAGACGCUUAUUGCGCCUGAGACCGUCAAACGUACAACUCGACGGACUGCCCGAGCUACGACAGAAGAGGCUGCGGAAAGGGCUACACCGGCGCGCCGUGCGAAAACUCCUUCUCGUACUGUCCCCACGAAACAUGCUCGGGAGGUAGAAAUCGACGAUGGGCAACAGCCUGCUUUCCGCCGCUCUCGCAAAAGUAGCGUGCCACCCACCAAGGAGCCAACUCCCGAUCCUGAGGCAUGGCAUCGCAACGAUGUAGCAAGUCCAUUUACCCAGGAUAAUCCCUUCCAAAGUGGCAGCUCUCCCUCGGUCCCAGAGUCACGCGACCGACGAAGGAAAACACUGGGGUUUGAGCACAAGGAAAGACGCAAAAGCGAAGUCAGUCGUCGUAGGACAUUACAACCCAAGUCUGAGCAGGCAGAACGGGGCAUAGUGGUGCCGACGCGCAAGACAUUUGAGGUGCCUUAUCGACGUUCUGAGACAGAAGAUGAUGCGGAUGCCGUCCAGCCCUAUGAUAGUGGUGAUACUGGCGAGGAAUUCUCACCCGAAGAGCAACUGGAGAUCGAACGAGAGCAAAAGAAGAACGGAGAAACCGCUCUUCUGCCUCCACAACGACGAAAACGACGCACCAAGGCUGCCGGCACGGCCAAAGCAUUUGUUUCUACGCUCUUCUUCUCUGCUGCUGUCUUGUUUGGUGGACUGUGGCGUCAAGAGAAGUUCGAGGUUGGUUUCUGUGGUGUUGGCAAAGAUUUUUCGACAUCGCUUGCUGGCAUCGAGAUUCCAGAGGUGUUGGCCGAAAAUCUGUUGGCGUGCGAGCCAUGCCCACCACAUGCCGAAUGUUACAAAGACCUGAAAGUCAAGUGCGAAGGAGGUUUUGUGGAGAAAGAUCACCCUCUGUCACUCGGUGGCCUAAUUCCUCUUCCGCCGACUUGUGAACCAGAUACCCAGAUGACGAGAAAGGUCAACCAGGUCGCUGACCGCACAGUCAAGACUCUUCGGGAGCGAAAAGCGCAAUAUGAAUGCCAAACUCCAGACGCCAAAGGCAAGAUUCCGAAAAGCCCUGAUAUCAGCGUCGAAGAGUUGAAGGAAGAGAUUGUCGCGCUCAAAAAGCAUGAUAUGUCAGACGAAGCGUUCGAUGAACUGUUUGCCAAAGCCAUUGGCGAAACUACACAACGAGCGGAAAUAGUCGCCGAAGGAGAAACUGGACCAGCACAGCGACUCUCUUCAACCUCCCUCGCAGAGCUCCCCCUCGGCUGCAGCAUCAAGCGAUCCCUCCGAGAAACGCUGGAACGACAUAUUUUCACAGUUGCAAUGAUCAUAUUGGCGAUUACAUCUGCAUCUUAUGGAAAGUAUUCGUUCACUACGAAUCGAGCCAUGGAGGCCCGCGCGAAGCAGCUUGCAAGCGAUGUUUUCGACCACCUUGCCAAUCAAGCUGCAAUGGCGCGCCAAGAUCCCGGUUCAUAUCAGGAUCGUGGUUUGAGUAUGAAUCAACUUCGAGAUGACGUCUUGAGGACUGAGUUCUCUGCAGCUCGAAGAAUCAAGUUGUGGGGAAGGGUGCAGAAGAAGGUAGAGAACAACGCCAAUGUCCGAGCUGCAGUACGCGAAGGACAAAGUGGCGAUAUAACGCGAAUGUGGGAAUGGACAGGACCAGUUCGGAUGAUUGAAGGCGGUUAUAGUAGUGGCAAGCGCGAUGGUGGACGUCACAGUCUGGGUGGGUUACAGGAGAGUCCUUUGGAGGCCAAAGAGACCAAGGAGAGGAAACAGUUGGAUGAGGGGCGUCCGAUCUAUUGA